AUAUAUGUAUAUUCUUUCUUAAAAAUAAACAGAUCGACAAUUAAGAACACAGAUAAUACAGUAGUACUAGCUAGCUAGCUAGUACUUGAACUAGAAAAAGGUGAUGAUGAAUUCUGUUACUGAUCAUCAUAACGAUGUCGACAACAAAGUGGUGGUUGUGGGAGAAGAGGAGGAGGAGGAUGAUGAUGUUCCACUUCCUGGGUUUCGGUUCCAUCCAACAGAUGAAGAGCUUUUAGGGUUUUAUCUUCGGAGGAAGGUUGAUAAGAUACCCACUAGUAUCGAGCUCAUCAAACAUGUUGAUAUCUACAAAUACGAUCCUUGGGAUCUUCCCACAUGCAAAGACGGGGGCAGUAACAUUAACGUGGGAGAGAAGGAAUGGUACUUUUAUUGCAAGAGAGGUAGAAAAUACAAGAACAGCAUAAGGCCCAACAGAGUAACAGCCUCCGGAUUUUGGAAGGCCACCGGAAUCGACAGGCCCGUCUAUGGCGCCACAGCUGGAGGAGGCCGAGGAGGCCACCGCCGCCACUGCAUAAUAGGCCUCAAGAAAUCUUUGGUUUUCUAUCGGGGAGCUGCCGGAAAGGGUACCAAAACCGACUGGAUGAUGCACGAGUUUCGCCUCCCACCUCCUUCUUCUUCUUCUGCUCCUGUUCAAGUUCAUGAUCAAGAAGCUGAAGUUUGGACACUUUGCCGCAUUCUAAAAAGAAACUUAACCUACAAGAAGAAGAAGUACUCAUGCAUGCCUCAUCAUGAUGAUGAUCAUACGGCCAAACAAUUAGCUUCGAAGCCAUGCAGCAGCAGAAGCAGAAGCAGCAGCAGCUUGGAAUCGGACAUUAAUAGUAGUCAAGCCUUGAAUAUAAUUAACUUCAGGGAUCCGCUUGCAGCAGGAGUACAAAAGAAUUAUAAACAAGAUUUACUUAUUACCGAUUGCAACCAGCAGACUAGCAGGACAACCACAGUUUUGGACAUGGAAACUAGUAACAAUAAUUCAAAUCUCGUGAAUAAUUACUACUACAACUACAAUAAUAUUAUCAAGUAUGGGAAUUGGGAUAUGCUUUCUUCUGUUGUAGAUCCUUGCUUUUCCUCUGCUGCUGAUGCUGAUGCUGCUGAUCAUGAUGAUCCAUAUCAACCUUUUCUAGUAUAA